AUGUCUUCAAUUGCCAAACGUGAAUUUACUGAGCUUGCCAUUGACGGUAGCAACUAUUUGACUUGGGCCUUAGAUGUUGAAAUGCAUUUGACAUCAAAGGACUUAAAGCAAACUAUUGCUGAUGAGUCACAAAGCACUGAUGCCCAGAAGGCACAAGCUCUUAUUUUCCUACGCCACCAUUUGAAUAACGAUCUUAAAAAUGAGUAUUUGAUUGAAAAAGACCCACAUGCAUUAUGGAAGUCCCUGAAGGACCGAUUUGACCAACAACUAUCAAUUGUCCUCCCUCAGGCACAAUUUGACUGGCUGAAUCUGAGGUUUCAAGAUUACAAAUCUGUAAUUGAAUAUAAUUCAGCCCUGCACAAAAUUGUAUCACAGCUGAAGCUCUGCAAACAUGAAGUUUCAGAGUCUGAUUUAAUUGAAAAGACUUUGUCUACUUUUCAUGCGAGUAACCUUGUACUCCAGCAGCAGUACAGGGCUAAGAAUUAUGACAAACACUCUGAACUAAUUUCAGCACUUCUUGUGGCUGAAAAACAUAAUCAGUUGUUGAUGAAAAAUCAUAAUGCACGACCAGUUGGCUCUGCACCUGUGCCUGAAGCACAUAAUAUUGCCAAAGGGUGGAAAAAUAGAAGAGGUCGUGGUAAGGGUCGUGGUGGUAGACACGGUCGCGGUAACCGUAGAGGUAUGGAACGUAUUGGUUUUGUCCCGGAAGGUCAAAGCUCAUACAAUCGCGGUAACCGUAGGGGUACGGAACGCAUUAUUCUUACCCAAGGAAAUCAAAACUCAUCAAAGAAAAACUCUGGUCAUAAAUAG